AUGACGUGCUUCAUGCGACCCCCACCCCUGGAGUUCGAGCUCAGCCCUACAGAACCCAAAAACUAUGGUUCCUACGGCACCCAGGCCUCAGCUGCAGCAGCCACAGCCGAGCUGCUAAAGAAGCAGGAGGAGCUGAACCGGAAGGCAGAGGAGUUGGAUCGGAGGGAGCGGGAGUUGCAGCACGCCGCCCUGGGGGCUCGACAGAACAACUGGCCCCCUCUACCUUCUUUUUGCCCAGUCCAGCCCUGCUUCUUCCAGGACAUCUCCAUGGAGAUCCCCCAAGAAUUUCAGAAGACCGUAUCCACCAUGUACUACCUCUGGAUGUGCAGCACGCUGGCUCUUCUUCUGAAUUUUCUUGCCUGCCUGGCCAGCUUCUGCGUGGAGACCAGCAAUGGCUCGGGCUUUGGGCUCUCUAUCCUCUGGGCCCUCCUUUUCACGCCCUGCUCCUUUGUGUGCUGGUACCGGCCCAUGUACAAGGCCUUCCGGAGCGACAGUUCAUUCAAUUUCUUCGUUUUCUUCUUCAUUUUCUUCGUCCAGGAUGUGCUCUUUGUCCUGCAGGCCAUUGGCAUCCCAGGUUGGGGGUUCAGUGGCUGGAUCUCCGCUCUGGUGGUGCUGAAGGCCAACCCGGCGGUGGCCGUGCUCAUGCUGCUGGUCGCCCUGUUCUUCACUGGCAUCGCUGUACUGGGGAUUGUGAUGCUGAAGCGGGUGAGAGGCUGUGUUCCAGGUGGGGAGGUGGGCGGGAAGAGUGAGAUCAUGGGCCCCGAGGGGCCUGGGGAGGGGCGGUCAUUCUGGAGGAAGUCGGGAGGGCCUGGCUGA